UCUCGAGUCUGUGCCGGGGAGCCCUGGAAACUGACAGCGGAGGGAAAGGGCGGGCCGGGGCCGCGAGUGCCCAGCGGGGACGGGGACGGGGUUUCUCCCAAGGUCUGUGGAGCCAGAAGGGGAGGAUUCACACGGAUGCCCCCAUUUUGGGGGGCCCGUCUCCCAAGGGCAGUGCCCGUCGCUGGGCAGGUGGAGACGGCUGGGGCGGGCGAAGUGCCCGGGGGCAGCAUGGUGCUGGCGUCCCGUCUCCCUCAGCACAGGCAGAACCAUCAGGAGGCUCCGCUGGUUGGGGUCGUGGGGCCGCGUCGUCCCACUUACUAAGAGCUCCCAGGAUUUUGGUGACGGGCUGAGGCUCGGACACAGGCCAGGAUGGCGCAGGUGCUGCACGUGGAGUCCGGCUUCCCCGGGAAGCCCACCCCGACCUCCCCCACCGCCUUCGGGGUCCAGGAGCCGCAGCUGCCCUACUCGGUGGAGACGCCGUACGGCUACCGCCUCGACCUGGACUUCCUGAAGUACGUGGACGACAUCGAGAAAGGCAACACCAUCCGGCGAGUCCCGGUGCACCGGCGGCCACGCUACGGCUCCCUGCCCCGUGGUGCCGGCUCAUGGUGGACAUCCACCGAGUCGCUCUGCUCCAACGCCAGCCUGGACAGCCGCCACUCCUCCUACUCCUACUGCGCCCCCGGCUUCUACCCCCAGUGCGGGACGGGCGCCUUCAACGCCCGCGUGGAGAAGACCCUGCUGGACGCCCGCAAGAAGCUGGAGGACCAGGCGGGCGACCGGGCAGGGCCGGGGGGCUUGGGGAGCCUCCACAGCAGCGUCUCGGGCUCCACCAGCUCCCUGGUGGGCGGGCAGCCCCCGGGCAGGCUGAACGGCUCGCAGGCCGGGUUCACCCCGCUGAGCUCGGGGCUGUCCACGCCCGUGUCCCCCAGCCCCGGGCACCUGCAGCACGUGCGAGAGCAGAUGGCCGUGGCGCUGACGAAGCUGCGGCAGCUGGAGGAGCAGGUGAAGAUUAUCCCGGUGCUGCAAGUGAAGAUCUCGGUGCUCCAGGAGGAGAAGCGGCAGCUCAGCGUCCAGCUGAAGAGCCAGAAAUUCCUGGGCCACCCGGGCGGGUUUGGGAAGGGCAAAGGCCGGGGCGAGCUCUACAUCGAGAUCCCGGAGGAGGAAGGGGGCGGAGGCGGGGCGGGGGUGACCCUGCCGCUGGGGGGAAGCCGGAGGCUGGAUUCGGGGGGCGGCACGGAGGGCUCAGCCCCCCUGAGCCCCCAGCCGGCAGCAGAGCGGAGGGAGGUGAGAUCGGUGGGGGUGGGGACGUCGGAGCCGGGGGCCAGGCGGAGUGUGGGGGUGGGGGUGAGCGAGGAGGAGCUGGCACCAGAGGGGCAGCGCCAGGCUGCGCUCGCCCUGUCGGCCAAGGUGGCCGUGCUGGAGAAGCAGCUGCAGAAGGCUCUCCGGGAGCUGCAGGGCGCCCAGCCGGGCACGGCCGGGCAGGAGGGACGCCCCGGCUGGCAGCAGCAGGAGGUGCCCGUCAAGGCGGACACGGUCAAGGUGAUCCAGGCACAGCGGGAACCGGAGAUCGCCGCCAGCACUGCCACGGGCGUGGCCCACCGGCCGCAGCGGGCGCAGAGCUUGGAGACCAAGGAGCCGUACGCCAGCCUGCGGGCUCUGACGCUGGGGGAGCCGCCCCAGGCCGUGGUGGUGGAGACGACCUUCCCCGUCCACACCGCCGCGCCCCACGCCGCCCCCGUCCACGGCAUCAAGAAGAUCAGCAUCGCGGCCGAGCCCGGCGGGGAGGAGACAGGCCCGGGCGGCGGAGCCUCGCCAGCCUCGGCUCAGGGUGGCCUCAGAUCUGGCACGAAGAGGCAGGAGGAGGCCCCAGAGCUGGCGGGCAAGAAACGUCUCCAGUUUGUAGGUGUGAACGGCGGGUACGAGUCCACCUCCUCGGGGUCCAGCACGGCCGAGAACUCCUCUGACAACGAGAGCACGGAGAGCGAAUACCAUGAGGCCAGUGAGGGGCCCCCUGCCGGGCAGACGGAUACCCCCAGGCCCCUGCCACCAGCCCCCCAGAGAGUCCCUGCGGAACCCCCCAGAGCAGCACCAGGACACGACACUGGGACAGGACUCAGCCCAGAGCUGUUAGCGGCCUGUGAAACCCUGCAGAAGUACCUGGAGAGCCCGGACAUGCUUAUGGACAAGGAGAUGAAGGCCGCCUACACCCUGGUGCUGCAGGACUGGCUGCAGCUGUCGUGCCACAGGGAGGCUGCCCCCGAGGCCGUGGGGGGGCGCCUGGCUGCAUACCGCACCCUCUCGCCCCGCCUGCUGGAGUUCAUCCUCAACAUGGCGGAUGGGAACGGGAACACGGCGCUGCACUACAGCGUCUCGCACUCCAACUUCCCCGUGGUCCAGCGCCUCCUGGAGACCGGCCUGUGCAACGUGGACAAGCAGAACAAAGCGGGCUACACGGCCAUCAUGCUGACGGCGCUGGCCGCCACCCGCGCCGACAACGACAUGGCCACCAUCCAGCAGCUGCUGCAGCUGGGGGACGUCAAUGCCAAAGCCAGCCAGGCGGGGCAGACGGCGCUGAUGCUGGCCGUCAGCCAUGGGCGUCAGGACAUGGUGCGGGCUCUGCUGGCCUGCGCGGCCGACGUGAACCUGCAGGACGCCGACGGCUCGACAGCCCUGAUGUGCGCCUGUGAACACGGCCACGCCGAAAUCGCCCGCCUGCUCCUGGCCACGCCCGCCUGCCAUGUGGGCCUGGCCGACCAUGACGGCAGCACGGCCCUGUCCAUCGCGCUGGAGGCCGGGCAGAACGACAUUGCCGUCAUGCUGUACGCCCACAUGAACUUCGCCAAGCCGCCCUCCCCGGGGACCCCAAAGCCGCUGAAAGCCGAGGCUGCAGCAGCUGUCCUGCCCACCGAGGCUCAGUAGCAGAGGAGGGACCUGCCGUGUUCCCUCGGCCCCCACCUCCGGCAGCCCCGAAGACACCGAUCAAGAUGUGGGGGGGGAAGGGGGUGGGUCUCGAGGGAACUCGUCCACCCCAAGCACUGAGACUCACAAAGGCCCAUCCCUCCUGCGGUCCGAGCUGAGCCACUGGAGCAUCUGCCCCAGCUGGAGCCGGGGGGCAGCUGCUGCUUGCUGGUGGGAGUUGGGAUGGAUGUUGGGGGGCAGAAAGGACAUGAGACGAAGGAAGCCGGAGACAAGUCGGUGGCGGAAAUCUGGCAGCUGCGUUUUUUCUAAGUCUCCACUGGCUUUGGUCCCACGGGAAAGGACCCACGACCACGGGGCCUGCCACGGCCGGGUUGAUAGGCUCCGCUCCAGCAGCAGCUGCAUCGCCCUGGCCUGUCUCCAGCAGACACCGGAUUCCCAUCCGAGGCCAUUCCUACACGUCAUGGAAAUUCACACGAGCUGGAGGCUCCCCUCCAUCUGGCUGGAGAUGGUGGGGGGGGCUCUUUGUUGCUUUGUGGGUACUCCGUCCAUCAUCAGGUGACAGACCCAGACUCCUCCUGUGCGUGUGACCUUGGGCAAGUCACAGUCUGUCGCUCUGUGCCUCAGUUUCCCCUCUGGAUUUUUUUCUCACUUAAAAAAGCUCUCUCUACUCAGUGUUAUUUCUGUGAUGGAAGCAGCUGGGGCUCUGUUUCUAGAAUCGAUUUUAAAGGGAGCAGGUUUUUGAAACAAAAACCUUCCUAAAAAUGCCAGGCUGGGACAUUUGGAUGGAUUAAUUACCCUACCUGGCCAGUAGGGGCAGCACCUCCUCUCUAUGUACCUGCCUAUAUCUAUAUCGCUUUUAAUUGCAACGACAAAACGUUUUUCAAUACCAACCCCUCCACAAAGGCGUUUCUCGCUGGGCAGAGGCCGAGCAAGCCCUUGGACCCGAGGUGUGUGGCCAGCACUUUUAAAAAGUAAUUCCUAGACAAGGAAACAGUCCUAUUUUUAUAGCAAAUCUAUAGAUUAAUAUACACCAAGAAACCCCCGAAGGCGCUAAGUUAUUUUACCACCCGCCCGGGGCUUAGGGCCUCAGCGGACACAGGCGGGUAAAGCGGAGCAGGGCCCGGCUGGCUGCAGCAGUCAGAGACCCCCGGGUGUUUAGUUCCCACAGCUACAUGCUGCCUUGGUACGAUCCAGGCGGGCUUUUAGGGUGGCAUCUUAUUCUUCUCCCCUCCCCCCCAAGAUUUGGGGCUCGGGGCAAAGCCGUGGUACAAAGCUGUCUCUCUAGCUUCUAUUUGCUGCCUGACCUCCCCCUCCCGGCCCCAGGCAUGUUUAUCGCCCAGUGUAUCAUUCCCCUGCCCCCACACACUGGGCAGUGUCUGGGGCGGGGGGCGAUGUGCCCAGCACUGGGGUUAUACGUGGGGGGGUGUUUACUCGCACAUACCAAGAGGUGUAUUCGCUGAUGUCAGUAUUACCUUCAGCCUGUAACCUGUUCAAAAUAAAGCUAUUGGGAAAACGA